CUGUAUCGUGCCGGUAUCUUGUUAGCACGGUACGGUAUGGUGGAUACGGCCCGUGCUGACGGGCACUUAAAACCUUGGUUCUAAGGAAAGGGAAUGGAGAUGGUCCAAAUUAUAGGGGCGGGCCAACUCUCUGUUAUCCAAAAAAAAGAAAAAUGAAACUUGAACUCUGGGCCAAAAUACCCUUUUUAGACUUUUUUUGACUACGGGUAUUUUGGUCCUUUUAUUUUAUUUCAAAGUAUUAUAAGGUUCCAAAAAAAUGAAAAAUAAUUGAAAUAUUAAGGGUUGGCACAAGGUUCGGGGCGGCCUGGCAUUGCCUAGCCAAUGCUGUCCGGAUUGGGGGUCAUGCUUGGUUGUAAGUUCGAGAAAUCCGGCUCGGUACUAGAAAGACUAGAUUCGGGGUCUGUCUAUUUCAGGUCCACCCUUGGCCCAUUUUGGCCACAAUCCUAAAGAUAUGUGAGGCAAUUUUUAGAGGAAAAAAUUGACUUGACAAUAGUUGGGCAAAUAUGCAUAUGCUAUAGAAUUUAUAUUGAUCUUGUUUAGGCACGUGUCCACCUAAACCCAGCUUAGCUCCACCAUUGUCUAUGUAGAAGUAUAAAUUAAUGGUGUAAUAUGCAUACGGAUGCAUGUUGUAAUACCGUGCGCACAAAAAUCUUGUGCACGGGGCGAUCCCGCUGCCCCUCUGAGGCGUGAUGCAUGUGGGCCAUUUGAUGCAAUAGCCUAGAUGUGUUCCACCCACAUUGAAUGGCCUAGAUGCGUCCCGCCUCAGAUGGACGGUGCGAUUGCCUUGUGCACAGGAUUUUCGUGCGCACGGGGUUGCAGGGAAAUCGAAUCGGAUGCAUAGGUGGUACAAGAUCGAGUAAAAGACAGCUAAACGAGAUGUUAGAGAGAUAGCUUUUAAAAGUGUUAUAUAAUCCUUUAUAGAGAAGAAAAUAAGGCUUCUACGAGAAUGUGGAAUAUCUUGAAGUCAAGAUUUUAGCUUCACUGAGACAACUACAAUUGUUUGAUCAACCAGUUCAAUUCUUUCCUAGACAAAGGAGGAGCGGAGGUUGUUGGACAUGAUGAAGGUCCUAAAAACGUCACACCAAAUUGAUAAGGUAGGAAGUUUAGAGUAUGUUAGCAUGUUUAACUAGGGAAUAUCUGAAUUUGUUACAAAUUAUAAUUUGCUCAUAGCCAAAAGUUGUCCUUGUUUGUAUUUUAUUUUGAAAUUGUCUUUUUUCUGAAAGACUGUCCUUUGUGAUGGGUUAGUCUUUAGCGAGUAAAUAGUAUGUAUGUUAAGUGAAAGGAUGCUUAGUAUAAAGGGUGUUUUAGUAUAUGUGACCUCCGAGUGGUAGUAGAAAACGAGUGGUCAAAGAAGGUAGGUCAAAAGUCAUUAUACCUCUUGUGUUAGUGUAAUUUUUCCUUCACAGAAAUUCGUGGUGUUAAAUUGAUUAUCCAAUUGUUACCUUGUAUGAUUUAAUUUGUUUUAUUCCAUUUCCUUUGUAUUAUAGGUGCUCGGAUGCCCUGAGGAUAAGUCCAAAAUUGGUCCUUGAUCAGAGGACUAUUAAUACCAUGGUCCUGUGGAACAAAAGAAAUAAAAGUACUGGACCGAAAUUCGAUAUACUGCAUUACUGCCAUAAUAUUAGAAAAGCUCAGCUACUUCUAUUCCAUGCCGCCAUGAUAUUGAAUUUCGCUCAGCCACUUUUAUUUCUUUCUUUCUAUAGUAGAAGUUUUGCAUGAUACUUUGAAUCAUCAUCUUUUCUUGUCUUGUAUAUCCCACAUUAGACAGAACUCUUAGAGUUGAUUCUCGUAGGAAAUGACGACUGCCUCUUUUUUUUUUUUCAGCCAUCUCACACAAAAUAACUUAUAGUCAUUUUUCCAUUUGAUGCUGAUCCCCUGGUGGCACAGGACUUAUGCACAUAGGGUUCAAUAAUGGAGGACAAUUUUCUUUGCACCCAAAAUUAGCGCUCCGUCGACAAAACCACACACCCUUCUAAGAAUUAAAACCCCAAGCUUUCCUUUUUCUCAUUUUCAUGUCCUGACACUCACAAAGGGCACACCUUCCACAUGCUUAAGGCUACUUUAGCGAUUAAAGCAUACUGAGAGGUUUUUGGUCAAUUGACCUGAACUCGAGAACAAUUUUAAACAUGGAGCCAAAACCGAAAGAUCUCAAUGAUUUCCUUGAAUCAUCGGUGCUUUUAGAGGAAGCACAAUAUCAAGAAGGUUUCAGAGAUGGGUGUAACGACGGCUUGGUCUCAGGGAAGGAGGAGGGAAGAGAGGUGGGUUUAAAGAUGGGUUUCCAGGUAGGGGAGGAACUGGGUUUUUAUCGGGGCUGUGUCGAUGUAUUGAACUCAGUUAUCCAGAUUGAUCCGUCAGCAUUUUCAUCUCGGGUUAGAAAGAACAUCGAGCAAUUAGGGGCGUUAGUAAAUGGUUACCCGCUUUUAGAGCCAGAAAAUGAGCGAGUCCAAGAGAUCAUGGAGAAUAUGAGGCUAAAAUUCAGGGUUGUGUCUGCAAAUUUAGGAGUAAGAUUGGAGCAUGAAGGGUAUCGCUCGUCAUCUGGAAAGGAAGUGGAGGAUUUGUAGUACCUUGUAUCUACAGUUUGAUGGACUUGUUGCUAACCAUUCCGUAAACCUCUGCGAGAGGAGAUAUUAUUGCCCGGACAUGAUCCCUCGUGCACCACGACAUCUAUGAAGUGCAAGAAGCCGCUGCCUAUGGCAAUACAGCUGUAUGGAGGGUGAAGUGGUAUUGUGUUUGGUAAAGCUGUUUUAACUUUAAUGGAUUGGAUAAGAAUGAGGAACUUAUCUAAAUAGUGUGUAGCAAGACUUUUGCUAGUUGGCUAUCAUGUCAAAGGCUUUUUAAAGCAUUUUUUUAUGAUUGCUAAGCAUUAUUUUCUCGUAAUUUCCUAAUAUUCACAUAAUCAUAAUUUUCUACUGCCCUUGGAAAUUCGGUUGGCCACUUUAUUAUGGAACAGAGCUCUUGUGAGGUUUUAUAUUCAAAGUAGUGAUUCUUUUUAACUUUACCUCUUGUACUCUUGUUUUACUGGGAAAAGGGCAAGGAGCAGCCCUUUGUUGUGACAAUGAAAGCAAUUAGUUUCUGGAAAUUUGAUUUUACAGUUGCCUUCCAUAUUUUCCCUGGAAAUUGGCUAAACAGUUACUUUUGGCAUGUUUCAAUACCAAUUGCUGAUCUGUUAUUGAUUGUUACUAUAUUGAACACGGAUGUGUUCACUGAAAGAUUAAAAUGUUCUUCGCUUCCUUCUAACAAUGAAAUCAUGAUGUAAUGCUCGAGUGUUCUAUACAAAUCUGGGUUUUGUUAGCCCUUAUUAAACAGAGUUUCUGUCAA